CCCCAUUGCCAUAACCGUGUGGUCUUGAUCUACCACUAGACUCAGCUCGUCACACACACACGCUGCCGCUGCGGAGCUAGCAUCCUGCGUUUCAAUAAAAACGUCAAAAGUGGGGCGUGCAUUUUGCCAAGUUCACAAUAUUACGGUGGGAGACGCGCUUGUACUCGACUGUUCACGACUAUACUAUACCGAGACAUUUCACUUCGCUGCGAUCGGUGCGAUCAUUCAGAGGGACGGAAUCAAUCGGUUAACCGUUCAAGACUCGAGUAUCGUCCCGCGUGGCCGGCUGACUUGUAUCACUAUCGCCCGGAGUGCAGUCUAACUCAUCCAAAAGUCUCCCCCCGCUUCUUUUCGAGUGUUGUGAAUAAACACUUCAACUUCACCGUCAAUGAUCUAUUCCUACGUUUGGUGGAGCUGGCAGUGAUAGCUUAGGCAUUCUUGACUUGUGGAAAGCAGGGCUGGUAUAAAGCCCACAGGGUCUCGAGUGCCACCGAAUCCACAUCGAGCAAACCAUUCGCUUCGGAUUUAAUGUAACAGCUUGAUCAGCAUCUCAAAAAGAGACGGAGGAGCAAACGUCCAGGAUAUUAUUGUGGAGAACGGUGCAGACGAGGCGGAAGAAAUGGAAAAGAAGCCUAAUGGAAAUGGCUACGAGGUUAUUGCAGCGGACACAGCCACCACGACCCAAGUAGCUGAGAGGGGUAACUGGGGGCGUCAGAUGGACUACAUCUUGUCCUGUGUGGGGUAUGCCGUGGGACUGGGUAACAUCUGGAGGUUCCCUUACCUCUGCUACAGACAUGGUGGAGGAGUGUUUCUGAUUCCCUACAUUAUGAUGUUGUUUCUGGCUGGCAUGCCCCUGUUCUUUCUGGAGACGGCCUUUGGUCAGUAUGCCAGUCAGGGGCCGGUCACCAUCUGGAGAGCCUGUCCCCUCUUUGCAGGUAUAGGCUGGGCCAUGGUCAUCAUAUCCGCCAUGGUGGUCAUCUACUACAACAUCAUCAUGGCGUGGACGGCUUUCUUCAUCUUCAAGUCUUUCACCCUGGAACUACCCUGGAGUAACUGUGACAAUGCGUGGAACUCCGACAACUGUGGGUAUGCAGUGCCGCCCAACGGCACCAUGCUGAACGGGACGUGGUUGAACCAGACUAUGGUGGAGAUGAUGAAUAUGAGCAUGCCUAACAGAUCAGUCACACCAGCUGAGGAUUACUGGAAUAAGAUUGUAUUGGACAAGAGUGAAGGAAUAGAUGAUUUGGGACCAGUCCGGUGGCAGAUGGCACUCUGUCUUCUUCUAUCCUGGGUUGUUGUCUUCCUAUGCAUCUGCAGGGGUGUCAAGUCCUCAGGAAAGGUCGUUUACUUCACUGCAACCUUCCCGUACGUCAUCCUCGUCUGCUUACUUAUCCGUGCUCUGACACUAGAGGGAGCUAGUGAAGGCAUCUGGUACUACAUGAAUGCUGACUGGAAGCUACUCAAGAACUCGAAGGUUUGGAAUGAUGCUGCCUCACAAAUCUUCUACUCUCUUGGCCCAGCUUGGGGUGGUGUCCUCACAUUUUCCAGCUACAACAAGUUCAACCACAACUGCUUCAGGGAUGCAAUCAUGGUUCCCAUCAUCAACUGCGGUACCAGCAUCUUUGCCGGAUUUGUGGUCUUUGCAACGCUGGGCUUCAUGUCAGUAAAAACAGGAAUGGAUAUAAAGGACGUGGCUGUCCAAGGUCCAGGUCUUGUAUUUGUCACCUACCCUGAGGCCAUUGCCCAGAUGCCAUUGGCUCCUCUCUGGUCCUUCCUCUUCUUCUUCAUGCUCUUCCUUGUCGGAUUGGACACACAGUUUGGCAUGACAGAAACUGUCAUCAGUGGCUUCAUCGACCAGUUUCCUGACCAUCUCAGGAAACGGAAGACCCUGUUUGCUCUUGGCAUCUGCUGCUUGUUCUUCCUCUUGGGGUUACCUCUGGUGACAAGGGGUGGUAUCUACGUGUUUGAGUUGAUCAACUGGUAUAGUGCUUGGAUAUCUCUGAUGAUCGUUGGCAUGACAGAAUGCAUCGCUAUAGCCUAUUUCUAUGGCUUCCGGCGUUUCAUCGGUGACAUCAAGAAGAUGUUGGGUUAUGAGACCGUGUUCUGGUGGUGGUACUGCAUCUGUUGGCUUUUUGUCACACCGGCGAUCAUCCUGUUCAUCAUUGGAUUUGGUAUCUACGAGUACCAACCAGUCUACUAUGGUACUUACAACUACCCACCAUGGAGUGAGGCUCUCGGCUGGGUCAUGGCGUUCAUCGCUCCUACAAUGAUUCCUGUCUUCAUGGUCGUCAACUUCCUCAAGUCUGAGGGAAGCAACAUCAUAGAGAAGUUCAGCAACGUCAUCAAACCAACCAAGGAAUGGGACCUGGCCCACGGCACCAGUCCGGAAACCAACCCAGCCCAGAUGCCACUGACCCAGUACAAGAUGGCUACCACUAUGAACGGUACAAAACCAGGACAAGCUGUAUAAAAAUAAAAUGCACAUUCUAUUUGACCUGAGCAGAACCAUAGAGGGCACUAUUUCAGUCUUUUAUGUGAAUAUUCCAUGACGCCACAGGACAUAUGGUAACAAGGAUCUCUUUAUGUUCAUAUUAAAUAUCGGUGGAUUUUUUUUUGUUUUCUGUUUCAGCUGACCCGAAGGUAUAGGAUGCUAUAGAAACUUUAGUUAUUUUUUCAAAGUGUGUUGUACAGGGAACAUUUGCCAGUUUGUGAAAACAGCAAUGGAAUAAUAUUCAUUUUUGUUAAACUUUCUGUAAAAAAUGCGUUUAAAGGUGUUUUUAAGGUAAUCGUGUAUCAUGCAAGUUUUAUGAGCCCAGUCCAACAGUAUUGAAAUAUAAAUAUUUUGCCAGUUAUUUGUAAAAGCUGUUGUUUUCACUGUACAGUGUUUUAUUACUUAUACCAUAAGUUGUAAGUUUGCCUUACAAUGAUGCAGGCUUAUCCACAAUGUAAUGGACAUUUUGCUUUUAAUUUUUUUCAAUACAAAUUAGUUCUCCAUGGAGCAGGUCAGAAACUGGCUCUUUAUCGAUUCUGCAAACACUGAUAAAUUACAAGAACAAAACAUAGGCAAACUUAUUAACACCUUGGCUAGGUUUCUUCAAGUCACUUAUCAGAAAUUAAUGUGUAGCAAGUUUUUCCUGCUAAAGACAACCCAUAAUAAGUAGUGUAAAUGGCUGGUUACAUUUGUUUUGAAACCAUUUUCAAAGCAGCUGCCGCAAAACCUCUAUCUUUCCGCUAGUUGUUUACUCAAGGAUAUUGAUGGCCUGUUUUUAGGCAGUCCUUUUUAAAGGGCAAGGCCAUUUACACUUUAUAAAGGGUACUUCCAUUAAAAAUCUUUAAAAAUAUACUUGUAAGAGAAGCAUUCCAUCAUUGAAAAAACAUUUUGUAUUGUUCCUUUUCAUUUUGGAAGUUUUCUAGGACAAAAAAAAGUUAUAUUCAAUAAAGAAGGGAAAGGACAUAGUAUUGAAUUGUAAAACAAAAACAACACUAGAAAGAAGCAAUAGUUUGAAGCUGAUGAUGUGUGUGUGUAUAUGUACAUACAAGUAUUCUAUAUGUAGAUGCAAAAACAGCUUUACAAGAGGAAUGAAUGAACGAAAGUAAUAAUGUCAUGUUGACAGUUAGACUAGAAAUAAACAAUCUCUAGAAUAUGCAAGUAAGAAUUUAUGUGCAAGAAUGAUUAAGCAGUAAAGAACACAUAAGAAUGUUUAAUUAAAAACUGAAAAUGUAUCAAAAUAAGGAGUUUUGGGUGAACAAGAUCUGAUUGUUGACUUUCUCAUCAAGGAACGGAUUAUGAAACUUCAGGAAAGCUUCAGGAAAUCUUUCUGUUGCAAUUAAUGAUCACUAAAACUGAAAAAUGUGAGCAAAAUUUAGUCUUCUACAAAGUCACUUGAUCAAAUUCCUUUAUUUUGAGAUAUACAUGCUCACCGGUAUUCCUUAAACCCUGUAAAAAGCCAUCCUCUGCCAAAAAAUGUAAUAUUUCUAUUAUAAGAUUAAUGGUAUGCUGGUGUGGGUGUGUUUGCGUGUGGGUGUGAGCUGCAAUUCGGAUGCAAGUUAAUGUCAACUGAAAGUUAAAACAACAAAAAUACUAAAAACUGAAAUUAAUAACUGCGACCAGAUAACACUAGUUGUAUAUUGUGGCAAGUAUUUUUUUU